CCUCUUCCUCCUCCUCCUCCUCCACCUCCUCCUCCACAUCGUCGUGGUGCCGCAGCAGCAGCCAACGCGGUGAGUGCGUCCUGCAGCAGCAGCAGCAGCAGCAAUAACAGCAGCAAAAAGGCACCUGUCGUUUUCCGGACCGACCGUUUUAGGAGUAAAACAACGUGUUCUCCGAAAACACCAUCACACCCAAACACGGCGGGGAUGCGUGAAUACCGAUGGCUUCAUGUGUAGAUAUCUGCGCCUCUGAAAAUUACGCAUCGAGCCCUUGAUGCUGAAGUGUGGUGACGCUGAGGGGAGCAAUUUCAGUGUGUCCCUGUGAACACACACACACUGAGACAAAAACACACACACAUAUAUUGUGGAGCCUUCUGGAUACAAGCGCUUCACAGGAGACAAUGAGAGGCUACCUGCUGACUGCAAUCUUUCUGCUGCCCUUGGUGGCCUCAGAGUCCGGGCACUGUAUCAUCAAGCGUGAACAUGAGAAAUGCAUGGAGAGGAUCAUGCUGCACAACCCCAGUGAUGACCUUGAAUUAGUGUGUCCGUGGAUGUGGGAUAACCUGACCUGCUGGCAGGCGGCCAGAGUCGGUGAAGUGGUGGUGGUCAACUGUCCAGAGCUCUUCAACGACCUCAUGGACCCUGAGGAUGAGAUGGGGAAGGUCAGUCGUAACUGCACCGAGGACGGCUGGUCUGAACCUUUCCCUCACUACGUGGACGUCUGCAUGUUCUAUGACAACACCAGUGAACCUACAGAUGACCCGAUACAUACGUACUUCGAUUCAGUCAGGGCCCUGUACACGGUCGGCUACAGCACAUCGCUGGUGUCUCUGACUACCGCCAUGGUCAUUCUCUGCAGAUUCAGGAAGCUCCACUGUACCAGGAACUUCAUCCACAUGAACCUGUUUGUGUCCUUCAUCCUGAGAGCCAUCUCAGUCUUCAUCAAGGACGGUGUGCUGUACGCUGAGGAAGACCACUGCUUCGAACACACCGUGCCGUGUAAAGCAGUGAUGAUUUUCUUCCAUUACUGUGUCAUGUCCAACUAUUUCUGGCUCUUCAUUGAGGGUCUGUAUCUCUUCACUCUGCUGGUGGAGACUUUCUUUCCUGAGAGACGUUACUUCUACUGGUACACCAUCGUAGGGUGGGGGACUCCCACCAUCUGCGUCACUGUCUGGGCAGUUCUGAGGCUCCACUUUCACGACACUGGAUGCUGGGAUACAAAUGAGAACACUGCCCUCUGGUGGGUGAUCAAAGGACCAGUUGUGGCCUCCAUUAUGAUCAAUUUUGUCCUCUUUAUUGGAAUCAUCAUCAUCCUGGUGCAGAAGCUGCAGUCCCCUGACAUCGGAGGGAAUGAAUCGAGCAUUUACCUCAGCUGUGCUCAGAAAUGCUUCAGUGAGCCCACACAGGCUGUUCAGCAUUCGUGCAGGAUGUCAGAGUUAUCCACCAUCACACUGCGUCUGGCGCGCUCCACCCUCCUGCUCAUCCCUCUUUUUGGUAUUCACUACACUGUGUUCGCCUUCUCACCUGAAGAUGUCAGGAAGAGGGAGAGACUGGUGUUUGAACUGGGACUGGGAUCCUUCCAGGGCUUUGUUGUAGCUGUGCUCUACUGUUUCCUCAAUGGAGAGGUGCAGUCGGAGAUCAAGAGGAAAUGGCGCAGCUGGACGGUGAAUCGGUACUUUGCUGUGGACCUGAAGCAGCAGCGGCACCCUUCGUUGGCCAGCAGUGGAGUGAACGGCGGGACUCAGCUGUCGAUCCUCAGCAAGAGCAGCUCCCAGAUACGCAUGUCCAGCCCGCUGGCGGAGAGCGCCAACAUCAGCCUCCCAACCUGAGCGUCUGACUGGCGAGAAGUCAACUUCAAGGUGCCGUUCCACUUAUGUACACCCAGACCAACCAGAGCAGACCAAAGUGGCCCCUGAAACCUCUGACAUUUUGUAGUUUGGCCUUUUGAAAAUGAGGUAUUUCUGAAAGCGUUUACUGGAGACUCAUUAGAGUAGCUGACUUUCGUAUGUUAUAAUUUCAUGUGACUAUAAAGUAUAUUGUUUUCGAUAGAUUUCAAUCUUUUCUGACUUAUGAUACUCUUGAUAUUUUAACAAAUUCCACUCCCUAGAUUAAAACAGAAAUUAUUAGAAAUUUCCUACCACUUAUUUUAGUUCAGAUUUAGACCCGUUAUUGUUUAUUUAUAAAUAAUAUUAAUGUAGAGUUGGUGCCAAAAAACAGAAGUAAUUGUCAAAAGAAGAAAACAGCAUUUAAACAUCAGAUGUAGGGGUCAUAUUUGGCUGUUAAUGUGUAACGUAAAUGUGCUUCAAAGUGCCAUACAGGUUGCCUGACUGGAUCCGAUCUCGUAACAGUCCAAAGUUAAACAACAACCAAACGUUCGCCUUGCUUGUACAAAUGCUCAUUGUUUGAACAUUUCAUCUUAAAUUUAAACAUUUUUAUACAAUCAGCCGUAAGUACAGAGUAUGUCAAAAGAUAAAAGGAGAAAAAAUAACAACUCAUGGACUUUGUAAAUAGUUACUUUUGGUGUCUAGAUCAGAGUUUCUUUCGUUCGCAUAACGCAGUAUUGUAAUGACCUUUUCAAACAAAAGGAACUGGAGCCCAAAUCUGUAGACUUCAUCACAUGUCCUGAGGACCCAGAAGAUCCUGCCCACUAUAUUCUGAACUAUUUGUUUGUAUUAAAUCAAAUAUACACGCACAGUAUUUGUAGUGGAACAUAGUGCCAAAAUGAGUGAGCACUGUCAGGCAGUGGUUCCCGACCUGGGAGGUCGAACCUGUCUCCUAGAAAUUACGUUUGUACGUUACUAAACUGCUUUCUUAAUAACGUUGUUGUGGCAACAUAAUCACUGCCUGAAUUACGUUCAGAGACAGAUAAUGAAACACUACAUUCAUGUACCAUGUAGGCUUCGGAAAGAGGUGGCUAGGAAGGAUGGUUGGCGUACAAAGUGCAGGACAUUGACACCAGAAGUUUGGGUUGGCAUCGAAACUCCUGUCUUGGGUUUUGGCACCAAAAGCACUUUGGUUAGAGAAAGAUUCUGAUUUUAGUUCAGUGUCAAUUAAAAACAGCGGUAACACUUUACUUGAAGGUAUCUACAUAAGAGUGACAUGACACUAUCAUAACUAUGACAUGACACGGUCAUGAACCUGUCAUAAACAUUAUGUACAUGUCACUAACGUUUAUGACCGCUGUCAUUAAGUGUCAUUCGGUUUCUGUAAUGACAAGUUGACAUUGUUUGGGUUGUCUUGAUUAUGACAACUUGACAUUAAUCAAAGUGACAUUACCAGAAGUUGUCGUUGUCAUGACAACUUGACAUUCAAUUUGUUUGGGAUGUGACAUUAACCAGGAUGACAUUACCAGAAGAUGUCUUUGUCAUAACAACUUGACAUUAACAUCAAGACAUCUUCUGGUAAUGUCAUCCUGGUUAAUGUCAAGUUGUCAUUAUAAGGACAUCCCAGCCUGAUUUUCUCGGCAAUAUGUUUCCCUCAAAGCAUAUUUGCUAUUUUUAAUUGGCUGUAUAUAAAUGUAAUAUCUAGGAGACAGGGCUGGGGAGUUAAAAGAUUAAUCUGAAGGGUCGAGAAAUGUCAGAUACAACAAGUUAGAAAAGAAGAGCAACAUUUUCUGCUCCAUUAAAUUCAGUUUAUUUUAACAUUUUGUGAAAUACCAGAUACUUUUAUGUCUUCAGGCUUCAUAUUAAAACAUCGAAAAAGUGCUCACAUCUUGUAAAAAUGUGUAACAUUUGAUAAGGGGUCGUGAGUUGACUCAGUGUGUUUUAAAAGGUUGGGAACCACUGCUGCGGAGGAUAGCUCAGUACAUGAGGGAUACAAAAUAGGAUUAAAAAAACUCAAAUGAUUUUAAAACUUUAUCCUCACAGCUAGUGGAGUUUCCUCCAGUUGAUUUCCCUUUCAGUUUCCGUCACGUACUUGCAGACUGUGAACAUAAACAGUACAUGUGCCAUGUAGUGGACGCUCUAAGCUCCUCAUAGUGCCAUGAGUUUAUAUGUGCAGCAUUUUAUUAGCAAGAAUCAAACCCUCAGCGUGCUCUGAAAGAUACCAGGACUCUUUGUCUUUGUCCUGUUCUUUCUGAGCUCCAACCCAUCGUGCCAUAUUGUAUUAUACUAUAAAUAUUACUCUUUAUUUUAUUUAUUUAUUUAUUUAUUUGUAUGACUCAUCUCCAACACUCAUAUUCCAAAGUGCCUAGUCAGUCACAAAUAGCUGUCACUUUUAUUUCCAGUGCAAUGAACAGAUAUCUUAAAGUGGUAAUGUGAGUCAUUUCCUGCACAGAGUGGUGUGUUUUUAUUGUGGAUCACUUUGCAAAGUUCUGCUUUUUUUUUAAUUGUUUUUUUUUUUUUGCUCUUUUAUUGGUGAGAUGUCUCAAGUGAAGAGACUCCUGCUGUGUUUUGUUUUUUUAUUCAUAAUGUGUUUGACAAGACUCCAGUAUUAGCUCUACAGAACUGCUGUUUUAUAUAGCCUCUCGUGGUUACAGCUAUCAUCUAUCCGAGAUAAGUCCGUUUCAAACACAUAAACUGCUUCAAAAAAGACACGUGAAGUAACAGUCAACACAAAAUGCUUUAAUGUGACAGCUCUUGACAAUCGCGGAGUGUUGCCCAUUUUCUCUUUAUGUCUGUUUUCUUUUUGUUAUUGUGCACAAACUAAGCUCACAAACAAUAAAUGUCCAGCUGGGGAAAUCAUUUAAUAAGAUAAAAUGUGAAAAGAUCUGUACAGGAGGAUUUAUCCACAGUAUUUACUCAAGAUAUUUAUUUUUUGUACCGUCAUUUGAGUGGAUUAAAAGAAUGUAGUGUCUUUAAACAAUGGUUUGAACAUUGUCAGAACAGAAAAGGAUGUAUAUUUAUUUUCCAUAAGCCAUGUGAAAUGACUCAAUGUACAGUAUAUGCUUUCUUAUAUGUACUUUAUGCCUGAUGUAUGAUUUCAUUACACUGAUUGAUAUCAACUCUCUUGGUCAAAGUGCCAUAAAUGUAGUGCCAUGACGGGUGAGAUGUGUGGCACAAUGUCUCAUUUCUAGUUUCAAAGAAAAACACUCACGGGAAAUUGCUGCAGAGGAUAUUGUGAGAGAUAAAACAAAGAUAUAAACUCUUGGGGAAAAAAAAAGAUAAAACAAACACUACUGAAGAGAUGCAUCUGUUUUUCGCAUCUGCUUGACUGCUUUUGGACAAAAAUAGUGUGACUGUGAGAUGCUAUCAAGGGAACUAGAACCAGGGGUAAAAAAAUAAAAAAUAAAAACGUCUUUUUUAAAAUUAGGGAUGUUUAGAAGGUGGAGAACUGCGCCAGAUAAAACACAAAGUGCGUACGAGGGUGUGAUAAUAACCACUCUGCUGCUGCUUACGUGUUCUAUCACCAGCCGUCACUCUGAGUCUGAAUCAGCUCAGAUGGAAACGACCAUGUCUCAAAGCUGUUACUGUCUGUGAAAAGAAGAGUAGAAAACUCCUUUCCUGACCAUGUCUGUGCUGUAUAUUUGUUUACCACAAGGUGGCAGCAACGUGUUAGAAUUUUAGUUUGGUAGUCGACUAGCGAGAGGGACAUUUGACUGGCGUUGAUUUGCUUUUUGAGCCUUGUACUGUGGACUUUGGGUGAAACAGAGGUAGUGUGGGACACUGAGGCACUCAAAUGCCACAUGCUCAACACUGUUCACAUUUAUGUGUUGUGAUUUUUUUACGCAAAUCAACAAGCAAGCCUACAAAUUAGAUUUUUCUACAUGAAUCAUGAUGUGUUGCCCUCCUCAAUCUUAAAAUAUCCUUCCUACGGUCUCUAGUUUUAAAACAAACUGUGAACUAUUUGAAUUUCAAAACAUUUCCUGAGACAUGAGGAUAUACUGAGGAUUGGGGGCACCGUUUAGCGCUGUAAUAAAGUCAGGCUGUGAAACUUUUCAGCCCAGUUGUCCGGACAAAAUGUUAGCAUGGUACAUUUCUGCAAAGCAUGCAUAUGUUACAUUUGUACAUUUCAUACAUAUCAUAUUAGUAUUUCUGAAGUGACGUAGAUCGGAUGACGUGUAUAUGAGCUGACUUUCUCAUCAGAAGGAGGAGGGGAUUGUUGAUGGCGUGACACCACCAACAAACAACAAAAUUUUUAAAGGUAUACUAUGCAGGCUUUUUCUAAAAAACAAUGUGUAGAAUCACAUAAAAGUAAUCUCUCUCAAUCUUAAUUUAUGACCCACUAGAAGUGUGUGGCGGUGUAUUUAUCUGCAGAGACUCUGCCCUCUGCAUGUGCACAGCAGACAGGUGAGGUCAGGAUUUGAUUAAAAGGUAGCCACUCGUUAUCACACCGUAGGCUGCACGCUUUCAAGAGGGAGCAACAAAAAUCGUAGACAUGGCAAAAGUAAGUAAGGCAAAAUGCCAAGCAGCACCAAGGUGAUAAGGCUAGGGUUGGUUUUCACUUUCAUUUCAAACAGCAGCUGACAGUUCCUGCAUAGCAAACCUUUAAUGACACGUCCAGUCAUUUCCAGGUCCAGCUGUGUUUGGAGAGACCAGACCUGGGGUCUCAUUUAUAAACAUUGCGUACGCAUACAACAAAGCCUGAAAGAGAUUGAAGUUGGGAUGUAUAAAAACAGACUUGAUGGGAGAACCGUUGACCCAUACUUAUGAACAUUUUGGAGACAGGAAAUUGGCGGCGCAGAUGGUGAGGUGGAAGCCUGAUUGUAGAAAAUUGUCCAGUAUUCUUUGGGGCAUGCAAUUUUUGACUUUUAUCAGUACAUACAUUUUUAGUAUGGAUCCUACAUAUUGUUUUAUAAAUAAGACCCCAGGUAUUUAAGCCAAAUCCUGACAUUUUCCCAACCAUAACCAUGUGCUUUUUGUGUCAAACCUAACCACAUAUCAACUGCAGUGGUGUCAGAACCAGGGGUGUACCACAGCCCACCAACAUGUGUGCACGUGCAUGGUUAAGUUGUGGCUCUUACCACUGUUGCUAUGUUUACAUGCUUUAGUCAACUACAACCAUUAAAGAAAGGAUGUUUAGCUGCCUUUUCAUCUUUACUAGUUUACAGGUAGCACCUUUAGACUGAGGAUAAUACAACUUAAAGGCUACCACCAACGGCUGAUGGCAACUUUUAAGGUGGAAUGUUUAGUUGCUUGUCGGUGAAGAUUCUCAGUCAUCCAGGUCAUGGUAAUUGGAGGUAACUGGACUUGCUUGCAUUUCUUGAGGACGUUUCGCCUCUCAUCCGAGAAGCUUCUUCAGUUCUAAAUGACUGGUACGAAGUUGCACACCUGGUGGCCAGGUGGGUCAACAACUCACAUUGUGACCUUAACCACUCUGAAACUAAGAGCUCACGUGACCCCUACGACUCUGCAAGGGUUCCCAGCCACACAGGGUUUAUAGCCUGCAACUUCGUACCAGUCAUUUAGAACUGAAGAAGCUUCUUGGAUGAGAGGCGAAACGUCUUCAAGAAACGCAAGCAAGCCCAGUUGCCUACGAUAUAGCACUUACAAAUGUUUAGUUGCAUGUUUCUCAGUGUAUGAGUUGAUAUCUUGAAUCAAUCAGCACACCUUCAAUGUCAAAAUGACAACUUCAACCAUUGCAAUUGUAUUUCAUUGGCUCUCUUGCAUGACAUGCGCUUCAGUAAUGAUUGGAUCUUAAAGCGCUUGAAAAAUGUGUAUGAAUUUCACCCUGUUUAUGCGAACUGUGAAUAUUUUAUUCCCUCACUUGGAGAAGAAACAGUGUCAGAGCUUUGUUCUGGUGUGCUCCAGCAACACUACACUCCUGGGGGUAUAUUUAUAAAACAAUGUUUAGGAACCGUACUAAAAAUGUGCGUACGAAAAAAAAACAAAAAUGGUGUAUUCAACAAUUUCUACAACCAGGCUUUCAUCUCGCCAUCUGCGUCGCCAAUUUCCCAUCUCCAAAAUGUUCAUAAGCAUGGGUCAAGGUUUCUCCCAUCAAGUCUGUUUUUAUAGAUCACAACUUUUAACUGGAAAGUGGCGCACCUCUCAUUCAGGCCUCGUUUUGUGCGUACACAAUGUGUAUAAAUGAAUACAAAAAUGUAAAGAAAUGUAAAGUUUCAACACAUCUGCUACAUAUGAAAUGUAGAUAUUUAACAUAUAAAACAAAUGUAAUAUAUCUGGUUUGCAGAAACAAACCAUGCCAAUAUUAAUUCUGGUAAUAAGGUUCAACUGUUAGCUUAAUUUUGGCUAAAGCUAGCCAUGCCUCUGUCCACACACACCUCUUUUUACAGUUGUCGUUACAGUGACACACUUAACCUUAUAUAGAGUUUGUGUCAAAGACGAGCAUUUGACAUGUUUUCUAAAAAGCAGUAGUCUGACAUUUAUGGAAAUAUGUUUAGUCAUUUUCUUGGCAAGAGUUACGAGAAGAAUGAUAUAGCUGUCAAAAAUAAAAACAGCUAGUUUCAAUCUUCUCAUCCCACUGUUGGAGAGAAAACACACAGUAUUUCCCAAAACAUCAAACUAUUUCUUCAAAUGUAACUAUUCUUAGUGUGGCAUAUGUCUGUGUGCGUGUUGAGCCAGUUUUAUCAAGUGUUGAAAGUGUGUGUGUGUGCGUGUGUGUGUGUGUGUGUGUGUGUGUGUUCUACUGAUUGCCAAUGAAUUUUUGAAUGUACCGAUGUUGCUCAGCUGCUCUUAAAUGUUGCCUGCUAUGAAUUUGCCAUGGUGUACAAAUGAUGUCUUUUCUUGAACAUAUGUAUACAGCGCACUGUAUAUGUAUAUUUUUGGCACACAGGAGGACCUCUUGACAAAGACCUGUAAUGUUUGUGACAGUGUUUUUGUACAUUUAUGUUUAUGUAACUGUUUUCAGACUGUGUGCGUGCGUGUGUGUGUGAGUGCGUUUGAAAGUUGGAGAGUGUGUGUUCUGUACGCAUGUGUAUGUAAUGACAAAGCAUUAAUGAGGAUAUAAGUAACUUAAAUGUCAAAAGAAUAUCUAUAAAGCCUCAUCCAUAUUAUGUUCGACCUGUGACGGUGUGUCAUGUGUAACAUGCGUUCUGGUGUCUAACAUUCAUGUCUCAGAUUGUGUAAAUUUGACUGCAAAAUAAAUC